AUGACUGACGAUGCUUCGACUGCUUAUAUCUGUAUUUAUUGUCCGUUCAAUUCGGAUAAUCUUCAAGCACUUGAAAAUCAUUUGACAAGUGAACACGGGUAUGGAUGUCAAGAUACAACACAAACACAACUACAACCACAAUCAUCAUCAUUGGAUAUAAUUAACAAGGCUAAUAAACGUGAAGCACCUGAUGAUGAACAGUCUCAAUAUUCAUUUGAUGGUACUAAAAAACCAAUAGAACAAAUAUCAAUAACUAAACGAGUUAAACGAACAUCAUCACCAAUAUCUACUAGCUUAUAUAUAAAUAAUAGUGAUGAAAAUUGUGAAUUUGAUGAUAAUGAUAAUGAUAAUGAUGAUGAUGAUGAUGAUGAUGAACGAGAUUCAUCAUUAAAUUGUCGAGAAAUAAAUUUAAAUGAAAUUUUAAUAUGUCCAAUAUGUAAUUCAAGUUAUAAUUGUCUUGAUCAUCUUUCACGACAUGUUAAACGAAAACAUAAUAUUGAUUUAUCAAAUAAUAAUUAUUCAGAAAUAUUUAAUUUUAUAACAAAAUCAAAUUUAGAAAAAACAAAUUCUAAUCAACAAAUAGAUAAAAAUUAUUCAAAUAAACAACUAAAUCAAACUUUACCAUCAACAUUAUCAUCAUCAUCAUCAUCAUCAAUAUCUCAAACAACAACAACAACAACUGAUUGUCCAUAUUGUGAUUUUAAAACAACUGAUAUUGAACAAUUUAAAGGACAUAUUAUUGCUCAUAUAAGAGAUAAAAAUUAUCGAUGUUUAUUAUGUAAUCGUUUAUAUAAAUAUCGAGGUGAUUGUUCAUUUCAUAUACGUCGUAAACAUCAUCGAUAUACUACUGUUAAUUCUAAUGAUUAUAUUCAACGUUUUUUAUUUGAUACAAAUGAUGGUGAUGAAUUAAUGUCAACAGAAUCAACUGGAAAUUGUUCAUCAUCUGGACAUAUAUCAUUAAUUAAUACAAAUAUAACACGUGAAACAGAUGAACCUAUACGUUAUUUUGGUUGUCCAUAUUGUGAUUAUACAUCAAAUUAUGGUGGAGAUGUUCGAAAACAUCAAGCACGUAAACAUCCAAAUGUUGAAUCAAAAGUAGUAAAAAUAAUUCGACAAGAAAGUGAACAAAAAAAUGUUUGUUCAAAUAAAUAUAUAUCUGAUGAAGAUAAUAAUAAAAUAAAAUCAAUUAAAAAAUAUGAUAAAACAUUUAUUCAAAAAAAUUCAUCAUCAUUAAAUGUUUUAUCAAAUUUUGCACCUGUUAGAGUAUUUCAAUGUAGUUCAUGUCAUCAACAAGGUACAUAUAAAUGGGUUGUUGAAAGACAUAUACGUGCUAAACAUCCCGAACAAUCAAAUGUUCAUGUUAUUGAAUUACCAGCUGAAUUAUCUGUUAAAUUACAAAAAAUAACACCACCAUUAAAACGUUUUCGUUGUUCAUUAUGUCCAUUACAAUCGAAACAUACAUGGGUUAUUAUUCGUGUAUGUAUCUGA